CCCCCAUCGGAUCCACCGACACAGCAUCCCCAGUUGACCGGGCAGAUAUGAAGCCUGCUGUGACCCUGAGCCGGCUGAUAGUGGCAGUGCUUUCGCUGUGGGGACUCGGCGUCUCGGCUGGCCUGUUUAGCCGAUUGCCAAAGAGUCACUCCGGGACGAGCAUGGAUCUCGUGCACAAGCGGGAACACUAUCGCCUCAAGACCAAGGAGGCCUUCUAUCAUGGCCUGGGCUCGUAUCUGAAACAUGCGUACCCGAAAGACGAGCUGAAAUCCCUGUCGUGCUCAGGCGAAGAUACACUUGGCAAUUUCACCCUGACCCUGAUAGACUCGCUCGAUACCGCCGCUGUCAUUGGCGACAUGGACCUGUUUCUGGACUUGAUUCAUCUGAGCCAGAACGUCACAUUCGACCAGAAUGUGACCGUGUCUGUGUUCGAGACCAACAUUCGCAUUAUCGGCGGGCUUCUCUCGGCACACGUCAUCGCAGCGACUCAUCCAGAUACCUGGGACAAGUACAACCACGGCCUGCUCGGGCUGGUCGUCGAUCUAGCUGACCGGCUCCUUCCGGCCUUCAAGACGCCGACAGGGUUGCCGUACGGCUCGAUCAAUCUCAAAUACGGGAUCCAUCCAGAGGAAUCGACGCUGGUGUGCACCGCAUGUGCGGGAACUUUCAGCCUGGAGUUUACCUGGAUCAGCAUACUCACGGGGCUUCCUGUGUACGAGGAGGUGGCGCGAAAGGCGACGAAGGCUCUCUACGACCGCCGCUCGACGCUGGGCCUCUAUGGCAAUCACAUCGAUGUCAUAACGGGCGCGUGGGCAUACAAGGAAUGUUCCAUUGGGGGCGGCGUUGACAGCUACUAUGAGUAUCUGCUCAAGACAUGGAUUGCGUUUGCGGACGAGAAUGAAUACCACGAGAUGUUUGUCGAGGCAUAUCGGGCCGUCAAAAUGCACAUGAAACGGGGGCUGUGGAACAUCGACGUGAUGAUGGACAACGGUGUGCCCAUCCACGAACGGUUCCAUUCGCUCGGAGCGUUCUGGCCUGGACUGAAAGCGCUUGCCGGAGACUUGAGCGAGGCUAUGGACGAGCUCGACGCCAUCUCCCAGAUCCUGGCAUACUCCCCAUUCCUGGCCGAGAUGACCAACAUCCAGACGUUCGAGCCUGCAGGGGAUCGACACCAGUAUCCCCUCCGUCCCGAACUGAUCGAGAGCAUUUGGAUGCUCCAUCGAGCGACCGGGGACUCUGAGUUGCUGGAGCUGGGCUUUGAGAUGUUUGAUCGGAUCGAGAAGUUCACCCGAGUCGAAUGUGGAUUUGCUAACAUUGAGAACGUCAAUGAGGCUGCCCAAGGCGAUAAGAUGGAGUCGUUCUUCCUGGCGGAGACCCUCAAGUACUUUUACCUUCUGUUUGACCACGAGAGCCCGUUCAACUCGGAAAACUUUGUCUUCAACACCGAGGCGCAUCCGUUUUUGACCCUCCCGACCUCGUACAGGCCCCGGUCGUUGUUCCAGGCCUGGGCCGAUCCGUUCACAUACUCGGCCUGGGAAUCCAAGGGAUACGAUCCAACCAAGCCGACCGCCUAUCGGGGCAUCCAGCACGACCACGUCGUCGUCGGGUUUGCUCACGGGGUGUGUCUCAAGAGCGACUGGACCGAAGCCCGCGAGAAGAAAGUCAAGGCCUGGAGGUCAAGGAAUCCGUCGAGAUCAUGAUCGGCAACAUGGAGAGAGAGAGGAGGAGGAGGAGAAGGAGGCAUGUUCCAGGAUGAAAGGACGAAAACAUGGGAUCCAGUUUCCACUGACAUUACAGCGUUUCCAAAAUGGAAUGGGACUCUCCGAUUUGAGCCAGGACUGUUGUUUUUCUGGGACCUGAAUACACCCACCCACUGAUUGCAAUC